CAGUAAUCAGUCCAUCAUAUUGGUUCAACAUGGAAUUAACGUCGACGCCGUCGAGCAAGCGCCGCAAGGUGGAAGAGAAGCAUCCGUUGGUGAUCACACAGGAAAUCUCAGAAGAAGACGUCGUGGACGCGCACGAGCUGUCCGAGGACACUGGGUUGCACAGCUCAACAAAGGCCAAGAUGUACUUCCAGUGGCUGAUAUACCCCGUCACCGUCGAGGACUUUUACGCUAACUAUUGGGAGCGAAAGCCGCUCCACAUCAAGCGCAACUUUCCCGACUAUUACGAUGGAUGGUUCACCCGACAAGAGAUCGAGCGCAUGCUAAAGGAGCAUACGCUCGCAUAUGGCGAGGACAUCGACUUGACCAAAUAUGAAAACGAGACGCGAACUACGCUCAAUCCGCCCGGCACGGCCACCUCCAAGACGGUGUGGAAGCACUUUGAAGACGGUUGUUCGGUGCGCCUCCUGUGUCCGCAAAAAUUUUCCGACAAGAUGUGGAAGAUGCUGUCGAUCCUCGAAGAAGAGUGGGGCUGCAUGGCGGGCUCCAACACAUACCUGACCCCCAAAGGCACUCAGGGCUUCGCUCCCCAUUACGACGACAUUGAGGCGUUCCUACUGCAAGUCGAAGGCAAGAAACUGUGGAAGGUGUACGCGCCACUGAGCGACGACGAGACCCUCCCUCGUGUAUCUAGCCGGAAUUUCGCCCAAGACGAAAUCGGCAAGCCUGUGCUCGACAUCACGUUAGAGCAAGGCGACCUGCUCUACUUUCCAAGAGGUUUUAUCCACCAAGCACAAAGCCCUGACGACGUGGACUCGCUGCACGUGACAGGGUCGACGGGUCAGCAAAACUCGAUCGGAAACUUUCUCGAGACGAUUCUACCGCAAGCGUUGGCGGGCGCAAUCGCGUCCAACCUGGAUCUGCGCAAGUCGCUGCCGCGAGACUACCUCGGGUACAUGGGCGUCAUGUACUCGGACCUCGAAGGCGACACCCGCCGAGAAGCGUUUUUAACGUCGUUGAAGAAGCACAUGCGCGUGGUACGACGACAAUCAUGGUGGGCGACGUAUUGUCAUGGGCUCUGCUGUAGGUGGUGAACGAAGCGAUGUCGAUUGCAGACGCUGCAUGUGACCAAAUGGCGCGCAACUUUUUGGUGGACCGUCUGCCUCCUGCGCUGGAAGACGACGAAGAGGACUGCACCGUUGAAGGCAGCCCGCGGCCCAAGAUCAACGUGAAUGCGCGGUUCAAGCUGCUGCGAUAUGGCAUUGUGCGUCUGGCAAUCGAAGAAGGCAAAGCUGUCGUGUACCAUUGCAAGGAAAACUCUCGCAAACACCACGAGGUCCCGUUGCCCCCGCUCGAGUUUGAAUUGGACGACGCGGAGUGCAUCGAGUUCAUUUUCAAGAGCUACCCGUCAUACUUUCGCGUGGGCGACUUGCCCCACGAAGACCCGGCCGACCAAAUCGGACUCGUCAAAGCGUUGUACGAAGAAGGGCUUCUCAUGUUUGAGAACGACAAAAAGGAGGACGAUUAACAACGAUUGGACUAGUCACCAGCCUUCUCUUGUAACAACGACGUGGUUCACGAGGUGUCGGCCAGCGUUUUCCAGAGCUGCCGCAGCGCGUGGACGUCUUGACGAUCGAGAGCUUGGCGCACCUGCAUGGCGACGUGCGAGUCUUGCAGCACUUGCUCAAAUUGUUGCGACUUGGCCGCUGCCACGUCAAUCACUUCCUGGGGCAGGUCCGCCAGCUUGGCCACGUUCAGCCCAUAACUCUUGGGACAUAUUCCGUCGGCCAGUUUGUACAAGAA